AGGGAAGGGAGUCUGAAUGGGAGCCGGAUGUGCCGUGCCUGGCUUUAAACUCGUGGCGGAAAAGCGGGCGAGGAGCUGAGCCAAGUGAGCGGCUGCUGGAAGGGCCGUUUCUUCCUUGGCUUCCCGGCUUGCGGGGCGCAGCGUCCGGGGAUGGCCGUCUUUCAGCAGCAGAAGGUGGAGGAGCACUACGAAAUCGGGGAGGAGCUCGGCAGCGGGCAGUUUGCCGUCGUGAAGCGGUGCCGGGAGAAGGCCACAGGGCUGGACUAUGCGGCCAAGUUCAUCAAGAAGCGGCAGAGCUGGGCCAGUCGCCGCGGGGUCCGGCGGGAGGAGAUCGAGCGGGAGGUGAACAUCCUGCAGCAGAUGCUCCACAGCAACAUCAUCCAGCUGCACCAGGUUUACGAGAACAAAACCGACGUGGUCCUUAUCCUGGAGCUAGUAUCCGGAGGGGAACUUUUUGACUUCCUGGCCCAGAAGGAGUCUCUGAGCGAGGAGGAAGCCACACAGUUCAUUAAGCAGAUCCUGGAGGGGGUCAACUACCUGCACACCAAGAAGAUCGCCCAUUUUGAUUUAAAGCCUGAGAAUAUUAUGCUGCUGGACAAGAGCCUCCCCAUUCCUCACAUAAAGCUGAUCGAUUUUGGCCUGGCCCAUGAAAUCGAAGAUGGAGUGGAGUUUAAGAAUAUAUUUGGGACGCCAGAAUUCGUAGCUCCGGAAAUCGUAAAUUAUGAGCCGCUGGGAUUGGCCGCUGAUCUGUGGAGCAUCGGAGUCAUCACUUAUAUAUUGCUGAGUGGUGCCUCUCCGUUCCUUGGAGAGACCAAGCAGGAGACACUGGCUAACAUCACUGCCAUCAGCUAUGAAUUUGACGAAGAAUUCUUCAGCCACACCAGCGACCUGGCCAAAGACUUUAUCCGGAAACUUCUGGUGAAGGACACACGGAAGCGACUCACCAUCCAGGAAGCGCUCAGGCACCCCUGGAUCAGGCCCAAGGACAACCACCAGGCCAUGGUAAGGCGGGAAUCGGCCGUUAACCUGGAGAACUUCAAAAAGCAGUACGCCAGGAGGCGGUGGAAGCUCACCUACAGCAUAGUGGCUCUGUGCAACCAUUUGUCUCGCUCGCUGGUGCGAAAAGUUCGCUUAAUGCAAGAAGACAGUUUGCGCCAUUGCGAAAGCGACCACGAAGACGACCUGCCUGGCCGAAGGGUGGCCUCCCAUUGUGUCCUGAGGCGGAGGAGCAGCAUCCCAUAACUGGGACCCACCGGCUGGACUCCAGCGGCUGAGAGCCGAGCUCGUGGGAUGGGCUGGUUGCCUUCCACAGGGCUUCCUGGGGGAAGAGUCCCUGGAAGGAGCUGCCCCAGGACAGGAGGCACCUUGGCCCAGCCCAGAUGUUCUUGCCGGAAAGGGGAGGAAGGCUGCCUUUCUCUCUGGGGCAGUGCCACCUGGCCAUCUGGCUGCCCCCUUCUCUUCUGGCAGCAAGAGGUCAAACCGCUUGGUCAAAGCAGCGACGCUCCACUGGCCUCGUUUCUCCCCAGACGUCUUUCUGAAGCUUGGCCGCUUCUGGAUGGGUGGACUUCAACUCCCAGAAUUCCCCAGCCAGAUCUUGCAAUUGCCAAGGCUGAUGAACCCUGAGCCGGAAAGGUGCAGCGGCCUCUGAAAAUGCCUGAAAGCAGCGUGGACCUAACAGGCCUCAGGGCGGGCGUGGGUGCAUGUGCGCAUGUGGCUCUCGUGCUGAUGCGGUUUUUAAGAAAUGGCAGGAUGCACACACCAGAGCAUCAAGCUGGCCUUCUGGAGAGCCCGCCUUAAACCAGUAAGAGAGCCCCAGCGGCUGGGCAGGGGCGAGGGCUUGGCCUGCCGCCAGCCUCCGAGUACGCUGGGCUCAGCAGGGUUUCCCUGGCACCGAUUCUCCCCAUGGCUGGCGAGCGCGGCUGUGUUUUCCUUUUCCCAGCCGCUUCCCAGGCAGGAAUUCGUGGCAGCAACCUGUUUUCAUUUCCUUUUGACCUUUGAAAGAGACGAGGCAGGCGUCCACGGGAUCUUUCCGGUCCCUGUUUUGCCAGCAGCCUAAAUGCUAAAAAUACACCUGCAAUGUUGGGCAUAGAGGAUGGCAGGAGGGACGGGGGAAGCCGGCUUGGCUGGGUGACCAAUCAAGCCGGCUGAAUCCCUUUGGGAAGACCCCCGGGAGCUCAGGCCUUUCCGUAGCCCUAGAGACCUCCAUGCUGCAAAUCGGGGGUUUUCCCCACAUUGAUUUCGUUCCUGCUUCUUUGCCUGUAUGUGUCUCCCUCGAAUGAGGCGGUUUCUCCAAAAAUAAAAGUGACAUAU